CACCCUCCGUCUUCGCGCCCCAUCUCCCCCGUCCCUCACACACGCAGGAGGACCAGAUCCUAGACGCCGAUGAAGCAGGAGGGGACGAGCCCCCGAUGUCGAGUAUCGAGCAGUUCAGCUCGCCUGUCAAGAGUAAUGCGCGGGCGGGUACGGUCACUGCUACUGUUAAUGGUGCGAGGAGAGGAUCGGGGUGGGGCCAGGUGAGGGCAAGGACGGCGCCGGCGCCGAGGUCACCGAGGAAGAGCGAGAAAGGCGGGAGGCAGGCGAGCGAGAUGGAUGCGGAUGCGGAUGUGACGGUGAGCACGACGACGACGGAGAGCACGAUCGGGCCGUUCCCGAGUUCUUUGGAUCCGAUGGGGGCCGUCAAUGGAUCGACUACGAACACGAACGACGACGCUCACUCUCUCCCUAAUCCCUCCACCACGAACGUCAACCCCCACACCAAUAUCACACACGCGGUGGAGAAGAAGCUGAAAGAGAUGGUGAGUCGGGCUGAAGCGAAGGACGCGGCGGAGGGUGCGAAGAGGACGAGGACGCCUUUGGAUCAGAUUAUGGUCAAGGCGGGAAAGAGAGUGGCACCAGCUCCAGUUCCGGCUGCAGUUCCAGCGAGUGCGACUCCUGCUCCUGUACGACCCAGUUCGGACUCGAAUCCUGUGGAUGGUGUGGAGAAUACGAAGCAGAAGCAUGACCAGGAGCAAGGGGAGAAAGAGAAAGAGCAGGCGAAGAAGACGACGACGAAGAAGCCUGUCAAGAUUGGAUUCGUGCCGUUGCUUUCGGGGAUUCAAAGUCGGAAGCAGGGUGGUGGUGCUGUGAGGCCAAAUGGAGCGGCUUCGUCUGUACCCGUCGCGGACACGAACGCGAAGGGCGAUCAAGAAGGCAAAGAAGAGAUUUCGCCUCGUUCGUCGCAGGUCCAAGCUCGUGAACCACCAUCCCAAGCACCAGCAUCAGCACCAGCACCGUCGCAAUCGCAGUCUCAGCCUCAGUCACAACCGCUAUCACAACAACUCCCACCUUCUUCACCUCCAAAUCCACCAUCUUCCUUACCCGCACCCGCACCAGCCCCGUCUUCAUCCUUCUCCAACACUUCUCAACCUGCCCCCAAAGCUUCCCAGUCAGCGCCCAACCCGACGCCGAACCCUACCUUGAAUCGCAGUCCGAAUAAUGCUCACGUUCGCAAGUAUGGAGAAGCAUACCUCGCUCUUGCGGAAACGCAGGAUGAUCUCUUGGAUCCGAACGAGUGGGGAGAUGCGGAUGCGGAUGGAGACGUUACGAUGGAUGAUAUCCAUGCGGGUGCGCCGGUGGAUAAGGGGAAGCAAGGCGUGUCGACCGUCCAGGAGGUAAGUCAGGAGCAGAGUCAGAGCCAACGCACGAGCCUACGUCCGAGCCAGAGCCAAAGUCAAAGCCAAGAGGGACACGGGCAAACGUCCAGCAGCCACGGUGCGGACGAGAUGGAAAUGGAACGGUAUAUCGAUUACGAUGGGAAUACUGCUUCUGUUCCGGUCCAGAGAGCUGAGGAAGGACAGGCAGAUGGGACCGGAAGCGCGAUCCCCGAGUUUUUCGAACGGAGCUUUGGGGUUGAACCUGAGGGUGAGAGUGGGUAUGAUGGGCAGGAGGUCAUCUACUACAAAGUCCCGCUUAACGAUCCAUCCACAUCCCAACCACACCCACGACGACUCGCCCAAUCUCAGCACUCUGCCUCCGGACCAGAUUCCCACACCCAGACGCAAAGCACCGCACCCUCGAGUCAAGAUCCCCAGGACCUCGCGAACGCCGUAAAGAUCCUGCAGGACAAGUCUGAGGAGAUUGCGAUGUUACAGAGGUUGUUGGAGGAACAGAGGGUAAAGAUCGCGGAGACGGAGCGUAGGGAAGAGGAAAUGAGGAUGAAGAGUGGGGAGGCGGAAAGGAGAGAAGAGGAGCUCCGAAGGAAAGAAGCGGAGAUUGCGAAGAGGAUUGAAGCCGAGGUACAGACUCUGCCAACGCCACCGCCACCGCCACCGGUCACAGAUCCACGAGUCGCGGAGAUGGAAGGUGUUCUGGAGAAGGAAAGAACAGACUGGGCUGUGGAGAGGGAGAAGUUGAAGCAGCGUGUUUCGAUGCUGGAGACUUCGAAGUCCAGUCUGCUUUCUGACUCCGACUUCCUGCGCGAAGAAUACCACAAGGCCUCCGGUGCCGCCGCCUCCCUCCGCUCCGAAAACAUGGACCUCGAGGCACGCGCGAUACUAGCUGAAUCGCAGGUCACGAACGGCCUCGCACUCGUCCGUGGCACCUUCGAAGUGCGAGUGAAGAAACUCGAAGAGGAGUUGGGGAGGGCGAACGCGCUGAACGGCAUAUUGAUCGAGAAGGAGCGGAGGACGACUGAUGAGAUCAGAUGGAAGGCUUCGACCUUUGACGAGAUCGAGAGGGAUAAUGGCAUCUUAAUUAAGAAGGAUGAACUCCUCGAGGCGGAGAUAGACGAGUUGAAGGAGGAGAUGGAGAGCGUCCAGAGGGAGAACGAGAGGUUGAGGGAGAAGUUGGACAGGUAUUCGCAGAGAGAGAGGGCGAAGCAGCUGAUGCAGAUGCAGCCGCACGCGGGGAUGAGCGACAAGACGAAGGGGAAGCAAAAGGAGGCUCAGAUGCAGGAGGAAGAGGAGGAUGAGAGCGAUGUUUUUGAUGAUGACUACGUUCCUGGGAAGGACUCGGCCAGCUCUGGCGGCACAUCGACUGGAGACACAAACGAGACCGGAUCAGGUAGCGAAGAAGUCCCGGAGAUGCGAGGUUCUCAAACAGGAUCAGCAAGGUCAAAGCGGUCCGCCGCCAGUGACGGGGAUCAACGUGGCGAUGGAGGUGGAGCAGCUAGUGGUGACUCGCAGCAGCAGCAGCUUUUGGCGAAAUCCUGAGAAGCGUCGCAUAUGCAAAUUCGUCGCACCGUCUAAUCAGGAACUGGCAGAACACUACAAAUCCUUGCAUGCGCCGGAGUGCGGCGUGCGUGGUGCGAGUUGUCCACCUUCCCAGAUCGUUUCGUAGGCUUGCUCUUUUUUCUUGUUUCUGAUGCUCGAUCCUGGGCUUUUCUUUUGCUUUUCGUCUUUGUUAAGUUCUCAUCUUUCUUUCUGUCCUGCUAUCGGUCUCUUAUUGCUGUAUUAUAUCUUGUACAUCUUGCUUUCAUAUGACAACAUUGAAUCUACCAAUUACUUUUCCG